UGGGCGAGUUAAUUCUUAGUGGGUGACGGAGUAGGCAUACAGACAAAUGCCUCUCUGUCUCUGCCUCUGCGGUGACUCUUCACGAAGAAUGUCUGUGUUUCUAUCAUUGCCCUCAGCUCCACAAACAAACACAAUCACGAGGCCAUACAAUAAAAAAAAAAAUUAAUUUAUUUAUUUCCAAUCUAUUUUACCAAAUUUAAGCUCUUUCUCUAUCCCCUCAAUAAAUGAAACAUUUUUAGUUCAAUUUAGAUGACGAUAAUGUUCAUUUGAAAAGAAUCCGAGAUUAAUUUGAAUUACACCAUACAUAGUUGACUGGUCAACUCCUUGCAAUUUCUUCACACCUUUCCUAAACCAAACUCCCUUUUCUUUAAUGACUUUCCACUAAAUUUGAGAUAUUUGAGAAAUUUUCAUUGACCCAUUUCAUCAUUUCCUCCAAUUCUCCCAAGGAAGCUUCGAGCUACUUCAGCUCUGAAAUUCAGGGCAACCCCAGAUUCUUGGAACUUGUAACCUUUGUUUCUUUGUUGUUCUUGAUCUUGUUGUAGCGAUGGCUGCCGCCGUUCCUCCGCCUCCUGCCGCUGAAGAAGGAGGAGCAAUUCUUAAUGAAUUUACACCUCCGAUUUUGUUAGCUGAUAAGAUUUUGAAAUUGGCCCAAGAAGCGGUUUCUUCGAGGCAAGAAUGCGUUGACAUAGCACAACAAGUCGACCAAAUUUACCGGAAGCUUCAAGCCACCGUUCGCCUGAUCUCCACCACCACGCAGCCGCUCUACGAGCGCCCAAUUCGCCGGAUCGUGGCCGAUGUAACGAAGAAUCUCGAACGUGCUUUGAACUUCGUCAGCAAAUGCCGCCAUAGUGGGUUUCUCAGGCAAGUUUUCUCCAUGACCACCAUUGCCGAUUUCCGUAAGGUUUCAGGUCUUCUCGAGUCUUCAAUCGGCGAUAUGAAAUGGCUUAUUUCCAUUUUUGAUCCCGAUGGCUCUGUUGGGUUGCCUCCGAUUGCGAGUAACGACCCAACUUUAGCCUAUAUUUGGCCUAAUAUUGCCACAAUCCAAAUGGGUUCGAUUAAGAAUCUCGAAGCUGCCAAUCAGUUAACGUUACUCACUCGUGGGAACGAUCGGAAUCAGAAAAUCGUGGUGGAGGAAGGCGGCGUUCCGCCAUUGCUUAAAUUACUUAAGGAUUAUGCUUCUCCCGAUGCUCAAAUUUCUGCUGCUAAUGUUCUUAUUAAUGUUGCUUCUGUUCCUGAUAGGGUUAAAUCCAUUUUGGAUGUUCUUGGGGUUCCGAUUAUUGUUCAAGCUCUUAAUCAUUCCUCCAUGAGGGUUCAAAUUGUUGUGGCGAAUUUGGUUUCGCAAAUGGCUGAACUUAGCUCUCUUGCUCAAGAGGAGUUUGCUAGAGAGAAUGUUACUAAACCUUUGGUUACUUGUUUGUCUAUUGAUAUGGUUUUGGAUGAUCCUAAAGUUCAUUUGGGGAAGAGUAGUUUUCAUUCUGUGGUUGAGAUAAAGAAGCAGCUUGUUGGGAGAGCUUCGAAUAGUUCACUGAAUUUGAAUUCGUCGUCGGAUUCGUGUUCUUUGUAUUCUGAUGGUAGUAGCAGAGGAGGCCAUCAGAGGAAGGAGAAAGAAGUUGAUAUGGUUUUGGAUGAUCCUAAAGUUCGUUUGGGGAAGAGUGUGGUUGAGAUAAAGAAGGAGUUUGAUGGGAGAGCUUCGAAUAGUUCACUGAAUUUGAAUUCAUCGUCGGGUUCGUGUUCUUCGUAUUCUGAUGGUAGUAGCAGAGGAGGCCAUCAGAGGAAGGAGAAAGAAGUUGAGAGCUCUGAAGUUAAGCUUCAGCUUAAGGUGAAUUGUGCUGAAGCUCUAUGGAGACUCUCGAAAGGGAGCGUUUCGAAUAGUCGAAAGAUCACGGAGACGAAAGGGUUGUUGUGCAUGGCGAAGAUUAUCGAGAGUGAAGAAGGGGAUUUGCAAUACAAUUGCUUGAUGACAGUGAUGGAGGUAACGGCUGUUGCAGAGUCGAAGCCAGACUUUAGACAUGUUGCGUUUAAGAUCACUUCGCUCGCUCCGAAAGCGAUUCUGUAUCAACUUUCGAGAUUGAUUCAAGAGGAACGUGAUCCGAGGUUGCAAGUUCCCGCAAUCAAAUCAAUCGGUUCUCUUGCAAGGAUUUUUCCUGCUAAGGAAUCACGGAUUAUCAAUCUUUUGGUUAUGCAGAUGAAGAGUAUAAACAUGGACGUAGCCUUGGAGGCGGUCAUUGCGUUAGGGAAGUUUGCUUGCCUUGAAAAUUAUAACUGCGUAGCACAUUCGAAGUCGAUUAUCGAGUUUGAUGGCGUUCCUCCUCUAAUGAAACUUUUAGGACAAAACGAGGCUGCUCAAGUGCCUGGCUUAAAGCUGCUAUGUUAUCUUGCACUGAGUGCAGGCAAUAGCAAGGCUUUAGAGGAGGCUCAUGCCUUGAAUGAGAUGAAGAGGAUGGCUCGUCUCGUUUUCGCUCACACCGACUUGCACGAGUUGUAUUCCAAAGCCAUACAUCACCUUACUCUUUAUCAGGCUGGAGCUCAUCAUAUCCACAGGCACCACUUUUCACCCUGAGCUUAACAAGCAAUGUUGUUAUACAUUAAAUUAAAUUGGAGGGUGUUCAAAGUUCUUCACAAUCUGAGAUAAGUCGCUAUAAUCGACACAGAACAGCGACUGCAUGAGUCGCACCAUCAAUGACCCGGGGUAGAGACCGAGACAAGACAUUGAAGACCUUUGGCUCUGGCUCUGGCGCCCUUCAUACACGAACGUCCUGGAAAUUCCGAAGGAAAUGAACACAACACACUAGAUGUUACAUUGGUUGCCUCUGUCCCUUCAACGUCCACGACACGAAUGGGAUGUACUCGAGCGUUGAGGCUCGUAAAAGGAAAUUUUGCAGGGUGUUCAGCAUCAUCAUGUGUCAACUUUAAGCAAAGGGGAAUCCAAGCCAAAGGUAAUGAAGAAUCUGAAGCAAUUUCUGGUUACACCUAAUUCUUUGUAAGUUUCAAAGUGUAUUGACUUCUCUACAUAAACUGAACCUUUACUCAACUUCUCCAUAGCUUAUAUUCUUCUAAAUGUCUUUUCCCGACGAACGACGUGUAUUAGUGACGGUAUCGAAAAUCCUAACUAGUCUGACUCGAUGAUAGCAAGCAUGAUAUAGAA